AUGUCACGACAACAGUACGACUCAUCUAGCCCCGCAGCCUCCUCCUCGCCGGAAUCAGCGUCGAGGCCAAGUUCGGCUGCACACACAAACCGCUCGAAAGACCCCGCGCACGGACCAACACCCGUAUCCGAACGCCAAUCAUCCGAGCCCCAGUCCCCGCAAGGCGUCUCCUCCAGCUCGGAAGGUUAUCCCUCGUGGCUCCCCAAGCGUCCCCCCGGCCCCGUCCCUCGUUCCACCAUCCAGUCUUCAGUAGCUGGCAUGUUCACCGACGCGGGCCCCAGCAAUGAGCCUGUCCCAGUUGGCCGGAAGCCAACCCCCCGGUCAGUGCGCAUCGUCAGUCUCCAGAGUCGAGCAGAGGAGAACGCGCGCCGCGAGCCAACAGACCAGUCGCGCGCGUUCUCUGGCCCUAUGCACGCCCGAGCGUGGUCGCGCGCGACCAGCGCAGGCCUGACCCCAACCCUGUUUUCCGCCUCGGCGGGUGGGGAGGGUCAGCUGCCGAGGCCAAGGUUCAACUCGCCCAACCUCAAUCUGGAGUUGCUGCGAAACCCGUCCUGGAAGAUGCGCCUGUGGUACUAUCUCUUCCCACUUUUCGUCUUCGGGCACAUCCCUCUUCAAACGUUCUUCGACUUCAACGCCGUAUUUAUCCUGCUUUCCGUUGCAAAGUUCCCCAACCCCGAGGCACCUGGUGUCCCUGGUUCCGGUCGCAACUGGGCUCUCGCUGCCGCAGCGUACAUUGCAUGCUGGUUUGCAUGGAUCGCUGUAGUCUUCGUUGUAUACGAGGUCGUAUACUCCUUCGUGCGGCGAUGGCGUGUCAAACGGCCCUUGAUCCUCCCUAUUUACUUCUCGUCCGCAGCGUUCAACUUCGCCGCGAUGUCUUCUUACGUGAACUUCUGUUUCAUGUAUUAUAUUCGCUUCUCCGCCUUCGUCGGCGAGCACGGCAGCCUGCCCGACGGGCUUGCCGAAACCUUCUACUUUUACUCCCAGAACCUCCCUACGGUCGCGCUCUUGAUGCCGCGUGCGGCGCUAUGUAUGGCCCUGCUCUUCGCCUUUUCCUUUCCCGAUCCGAACGUGGUCGCGCUCGGAGAUGCUGGCAUCAGCCACAGAGACGGGACGUUCUUCCGUUCUUCUAACGGGACGUUGACGGACUACGCCCGAGGCGUGCUCAUCGCGAAUGCCGCUUGGACGGCAUGGCGCAUCUUGAUUCUCCUGAUCAGCUGGAUCGGUCUCUGGAUCCUCAGCGGACAAGGCUGCGCCGGGUUCUGCGGGCCCCGGUACCGCUGGGAAGAGGAGGACGCGGAGAAGGCGGCAACGGCGCUCAACGACAACAUCUCCGACUUCGACACGCUCCCGUGGUCGUGGAAGGAGUGCACGAUCCUGCGCGUCAAGGACGCGUACGACUUCUGCCUCACGAACAAGCCCCCGCGCGGCGAGUCCGCGCUCGGCGGCGACGGCAAGGACGGCAAGGCGCACGCGGAGCCCGCGGCGCCGCUGGAGGGCAUCGAGCGCAUCUUCGCCGCCGUCGGGCUCCAGUCGGGCCCGCACAUCGCGCGGCGCCCGAUCCUGUCCGACGAGCUGUUCGAGAGCCCGCGGCACACGCCCGAGCUGGUGGACGACAAGGCGACUGGGAAGGCGAAGGCGGCGGCUGCGCCUGAGCUGUCGAGCAUCAUCCCGCCCGUCGCUGCGGUGCAGCAGAAGGAGCGGUCUGGGACGGAUCCGUCGGGCCCGCUGAUGCAGCUGCCGUAUCCGUUCACUGCGUACGGCGCGCAGGUCUCGUCGGAGGACAACAUACCGUUCCCGCCCUCUCCGGCGAUCGAGGAGAAGGAGGUCACGACCGAAGGCGAGGGGACGCCUGCCACAGGCGAAGAGGAGGAGGAGGAGGAGGAAGAAGAAGAGGAGGAAGGCGAGGGCGAGGAGGAAGAGGAGGCGGAAGGCGAGGAGGACGAGAGCGAAGUGCCAUCAUCGGAGAGACGCACUUCGGGAUCCAUGUCGAGCUUGGGCCGCCCCGUCGUCUCGCGCUACCCGUUCCAGUUCCGUCGACCUCGGGGAAGCAUAUCGUCCGCGUCGCGCAUGAGUCCGCAGACGCACUCGACGCCGCACUCCGCACAGUCUCGCUCGACGCAGUCGCGCUCGACGCGCCACUCGCGCUCAACGCAGUCAACGGGCAACAUCGAGUCGACGGAUUCGCACUCACCUCGGUCGAACGCGAGCUCGAGCGCGAGCCCCCCGCACUCGAGCUUCAGCGGGAGCGUCAUCCCCAUGCCCCCGCGGCAUCCCCAGGCCCAGGCAGGACAGAGAAGAGCGAGAGCAGGGACGGUGCCCAUCCCCCCGUCCCCAGGCUCACCCUCCCCGGUCGUGUUCCCGGGCGGGAGGCCGCGCGCACGGACACGCACAGAAAGCGUGGUGACGGACCCUUCUGUCACGUUCGGCCCCAUCCCGAUUGGCUCGUUCGAGUCCGACGGCGAGGACGACCACGACCACGACCAUGAGCUCGACCUCGAGCACGACCUCGACGAGUCCAUCGUCGAAGUGCCCGAGGCGGAGGGGUCGAUCGAGGAGGCGGAGCGCCAGGACAGCGUCGGCCUGCUCUCCGCCGCGCCGAGCCCGCGCACGUCCCUUGCGAACCUGCGCCAUCGCGCGAGCCAGCUGUCGAGGCGGUCGAACGGCUCGCGCUCCGUAUCUGGAGGCUCGCGCUCGCGCACGAACUCGAACUCGCGCUCGCGGACCAACUCGGGCACGUCGCUCUCUGACGCCGCGCGCUCGCGCGCCCAUUCGCUCAUCCAAUCGCUGGGCGCCGCCUCGCGCUCCUCGGUCGAGCUCGUGCGCUCGCGCACCAACUCGCUCGUCCGCCUCGCGGACUCCCCGUACGCGUCGACGUCGUCCGAGGCCGUGCUGUCGAGCCCCGAGAACCACACGUUCGGCCACCCGCUGCGCGAGCAGUGGCGCGCGGAGGAGGGCGUGCACGAGAUGUCGGACAUCGCGGAGUCGGAGGCGAACGUCCCGCUGCCGUCGUCGCGCGAGGGGUCCAGCGCGGAGGAGCAGGAGCAGGCGCUGGAGCUGCACACGGCGCGCUCGACGAUCGCCCCGUCCGAGUUCAGCCUGCAGACGGAGCGCGGCGGGGUGCCCAUCGCUGGCGCGCAGCUGGGGCAGGAGCUUGCGAUCGAGAGCAGGCCGGACUUGAGCACGGCGCCGCAGUCGUUCAUCACGGCGCCGACGACGCGCGAGGACACGACGAGCAGCUCGGGACAGACGCAGCGGACGUGGGGCACGAUCGACCAUUAUCCGCAUGCGGAUUGGCAGCCCCGGUGA